GUCGAGCGUCAUGGUAACAGGGUUGAACGUGUUUUGUCAAGUUGGGCCGGUAUCAGAUGGGUAAUGCCGAAAUCGAGCCAGACGCUUAAGAAAGGCGUAGUGACGGAGGAUGAAGUGCGACCGACGUCGUCGGGACAUCGGUCGAGAUCUCAGUGCUCUGUGCCGACAGGUGUGAGAUCGGGUCCACAGUGCGCGUUCCGUACCCCGGCCCGCUGCAGCAUCAUGACCGUCUACAACUUGGAGCAGAGGCUGGUGGGAGUGGGUCGGGACGUGCCGGACCGGGACGCUGUGUAUACCCUUGAGCGCGAGUCUGCGCAACUCUUCAGACAUCAAACGCUACCGAGGGGUUACACCAGCAUCCUCGCAUUCGAUCCGGACUCGAAAUCAUAUCAUUGGUAUGCACUGGGCGGGACUGGUUCCUCCACGGAAGUUUAUAACGUGAACAGCCGGCCCACUUCCGGCCGAUGUCGGCCCUUCACCGCCGGACCAGACAGAUCGUCCAUCUCUUUAGAGCAGCCGGUCAGUCCUUUCCAGUAUCAGAAGUUACUCGCUCUUGGUUUCCGGCCCAGUACCCUCUUGCUGGACCCGGACUGCGUGUAUGACGCUACCAGUCACCGCGCUUGUAGUACGCAUGCGCCGCGAUCCCGGAAGGAGAGCCCGCAGAAACCGGACGCAACAAGCGGGACCGCGGCGCGGAGCGCUGUUGAUCCACAAAUUGACGCGGCAACGCCGGAUGAUUUAGCUUGCCCGGAGGCCGAUGUCAUGCGCAGUGACAACAUCAACCGGAUCGCCCCAAGUCUGCACAUGCGCAGUGACACAUCACCCAGUCGUCCGAAUGCCGCAGUUUUCAGUUUCCGGAACAACGAAAGCGUGUCUCACUCGGAGGUGCAGCACCUUAUACAGACUCAACGUUCCGGUGCAACGUAUCCAGUUCAAUCCCCUUGAUAUCCGGUCAUCGCGACCAGGUGUCAAAUCCUGCUGGGUCGUCGAAUUUUGUACUACAGCGGAUGUGGCAAAAUCUAUACAGUUGGGACUUAAGUGGGCACUGACCUGUUGGUGUUUUAUCCGCACGAUGACGUCAUUAGACGCGAAACUGCGACCUAUAGAAACUACAUGGAGGUUGUUAACGCCCACGCAGUGAUCGCGGCGUCUGCUGAUAACGCAGUGCGCGGGAAACUUUAACACGAAGUUUUCAACGGUCGAUGUCACUCGCAACCAUAAAGCUAUGAGCUUAUUGGAAUUGACUUUUUAUCCUCCGCCAUAGGGAUAUUGUUUUGGCGUUGUCCGUCCGUCUUUCCGUCCGUCCUUUCGUCCGUCCGGCACUUUUGUGUCCGGAGCCCUAUCUUUGAAGUGCUUUGGCGGAUUUCAAUGAAACUUGGCACGAGUAUAUAUAUGGAUAAGAGGAUGUUGCACGCCUAAUGGCAUUGUACACCAUCUGUUAAUAACAGAGUUAUGGCCCUUUGUAUCUUGGAAAAAUGCUUUUUUGUGUCCGGAGCCAUAUCUUGGAAGUGCUUUGGCGGAUUUCAAUUAAACUUGGUAUGAGCAUAUAUAUGGAUAAGAGGAUGUUGCACGCCUAAUGGCAUUGUACACCAUCUGUUAAUAACAGAGUUAUGGCCCUUUGUAUCUUGGAAAAAUGCUUUUUUGUGUCCGGAGCCAUAUCUUGGAAGUGCUUUGGCGGAUUUCAAUUAAACUUGGUAUGAGUAUAUAUAUGGAUAAGAGGAUGUUGCACGCCUAAUGGCAUUGUACACCAUCUGUUAAUAACAGAGUUAUGGCCCUUUGUAUCUUGGAAAAAUGCUUUUUUGUGUCCGGAGCCAUAUCUUGGAAGUGCUUUGGCGGAUUUCAAUUAAACUUGGUAUGAGUAUAUAUAUGGAUAAGAGGAUGAUGCACGCCUAAUGGCAUUGUACACCAUCUGUUAAUAACAGAGUUAUGGCCCUUUGUAUCUUGGAAAAAUGCUUUUUAGUGUCCGGAGCCAUAUCUUAGAAGUGCUUUGGCGGAUUUCAUUGAAACUUGGUAUGAGUAUAUAUAUGGAUAAGAGGAUGAUGCACACCAAAUGGCAGUGUACAACAUUGGAUAAUAAAGGAGUUAUGGCCCUUUGUAUCUUGAAAAAAUGCUUUUUUGAGUGUCAAAUAUAACACUUUUGUGUCCAGAAGCAUAUUGGCGGGGGAUAUCGAAUUUGCUUGUUGAAACUAUGUCAUCAUGAUAAUUUGUGUCGUUUGGUAUAUGUACCAUAGCAUGUACCAACAAGAGCACCGCCUUGCGGGUGCAGACCGCUCAUCUAUUUUCUUUUUAAAGGUGAAGGGACUCUCAUUUUCAAUCACAAAGGAGGGAGGGGUGGAGUGAAGAGGGGUGUAUAGUGUGGGGG